CGAUCCACUGAGACACCCUGCGAUCCUUCUGCACUUCCUGCUUGCUGCCAUGGAGCUCGCUCCCGUGGCCCUGACACUCCUGCUUGCAGCACUUGCCGCCGCCGCUGACACCACGCCCGUCAACAAGUCCUGCGUCACCGGCAGCGCCGGCGCCUCCGUGAGCAUCGGGUACGGCGGGGCCAGCGCCAGCGCCGGCGUGUCCCUCGGCGCCGACGCGUACCGGUCUGACUGCCCCCUCGCCGAGGAGAUCGUCCGCGCGGCCGUCGACGAGGCCAUCGCCGCCGACCCACGCAUGGCUGCGUCCCUCCUCCGCCUCCACUUCCACGACUGCUUCGUCAAUGGUUGCGACGGCUCCGUGCUCCUGGACGACACGCACUUGUUCGUCGGAGAGAAGACAGCGGUGCCGAACGCCAACUCGCUGAGGGGGUUCGAGGUGGUCGACGCCAUCAAGGCCCAGCUCGAGCUGGCGUGCCCGGAGACCGUCUCCUGCGCCGACGUCCUCGCCAUCGCCGCGCGCGACUCCGUCGUAGCUUCUGGUGGGCCGAGCUGGCAGGUGGAGGUCGGCCGGAAGGACAGCCGCACGGCGAGCCUCCAGGCCGCUAACACCAACCUCCCCGCGCCGACUUCCGGCGUCGCCACUCUCGUGCAGAAGUUCACCAACGUCGGCCUCUCCGCCAAGGACAUGGUCGCCCUCUCCGGCGCGCACACCAUCGGGAAAGCUCGGUGCACGACGUUCAGCGCGCGCAUCGCCGGGGUCGGCGUCUCGGCCGGCUCCGCCAACAAGGACAUGGGGUUCCUGCAGUCUCUGCAGCAGCUCUGCGCGGGGUCGGCGAGCUCGUCGGCGCUCGCGCACCUGGACCUCUCCACGCCAGCCACCUUCGACAACCAGUACUACAUCAACCUGCUCUCCGGCGACGGCCUGCUGCCGUCCGACCAGGCGCUGGCCUCGCCCGCUGGCGCCGAGGACGUCGCGGCGCUCGUUGCCGACUACGCGUUCGACGCGUCGCUCUUCUUCGACGACUUCGCGGCCUCCAUGCUGAGGAUGGGGAGGCUGGCGCCGGGCGGAGGCCGCGCCUCCACCGAGGUCCGCCGCAACUGCCGUGUCGUCAACUAGCUUGCUAGCUAGCUAGGGUCAACUAGUAAUAAUUAAGCAGAGAACAUAUCUGAUCUAGGGUCUGUUGGUUCUCUCCGUAUUGGCUACCUUUCAGUUAGUUAAUUUGGUGUUUUCGAUCGUGUCCUGAUUUAAGCUGGUGGAUUCUAACUAGAUGUAUGAUCCAUGUAUGUGGCAAGUUUUAUGUCUUGUUUUACCAUUUGCCCAAGGACAAAAUGUUACUCGAAAUCCAUAGAUCUUUAAAGAACAAACU